AUCCCUUCAGCCCUGUUAAUGCUUAUCUGUGCCAUCCACCCCCACCAUCCCCUCUGUGCAGGGACAUGCCUGCCCCUCACUUACUGGGCUAGUAUUAUGACUACAUUUCAGUGUGGGUGCCUGUAUGUGGUUGCAAGGGGCUAGAACUUGCAUCAUCAGCACUGGCACCAGCCUUGCAGGGCUUCUCAUUUGAUCAUUCUGUAAUUGCGUUUAAUUAUCCUGACGAAUGUGCAGAAAUUUGCAAUCAGCUGGAGAACCUCAGGAGCUCUGAUUCCCCCGGCUGCAGAGGAAAUACGGGAGGGUUCGGCACGAUGACUUGGCAUCCUGGGCUUUAGCGGCGUGGCAAAAUCAGGACAGGUGCUGCCCUGCUCGCGCUGUAUCCCAUUCCCUCUCUCCUCUGGGAGAUCUGUGCUGGCUUCCCUGCCCCUGGCCUCCCUUCCUCCCAGUCACCGCGGAGGGGACGGGCCUGUUAUGGCCGGGGACAGACUCCCACGCAAAGUGAUGGAUGCUAAGAAGCUGGCCAGCCUCCUGAGGAACGGGGCAGAGGGCACCUUGGUCAUUGACAGCCGCUCCUUCGUGGAGUAUAACUCCUGGCACGUCCUCAGCUCUGUCAACAUCUGCUGCUCCAAGCUGGUCAAGAGGCGGCUUCAGCAGGACAAAGUCUGCAUCACGGAGCUCAUCCAGCCAGCCUCCAAGAUGAAGGUGGAGGCGGAAGAGCACCAGGACGUGGUGGUCUAUGACCAGAGCACACGGGACGUGAGUGGCUUGGCUGCCGACAGUUUCCUCUCCAUCCUCCUGGGCAAGCUGGACAGCUGCUUCCACAACGUCUCCAUCCUCACAGGGGGCUUUGCCACCUUCUCGUCUUGCUUCCCAGGACUCUGCGAAGGGAAACCAGCUGCCAUCUUGCCAAUGAGCAUCUCCCAGCCAUGCUUGCCAGUGGCCAAUGUUGGCCCCACCCGCAUCCUGCCUCAUCUCUACCUGGGCUCCCAGAAAGAUGUCCUAAACAAGGACCUGAUGACUCAGAAUGGAAUAAGCUACGUCCUCAACGCCAGCAACUCCUGCCCCAAGCCAGACUUCAUCUGUGACAGUCACUUCAUGCGCAUUCCUGUCAAUGACAACUACUGUGAGAAGCUGCUUCCCUGGCUGGACAAGUCCAUUGAGUUCAUCGACAAGGCCAAGGUAUCCAGCUGCCAAGUGAUCGUUCACUGCUUGGCAGGGAUCUCCCGAUCAGCCACCAUUGCCAUCGCCUACAUCAUGAAGACCAUGGGCAUGUCUUCAGACGACGCCUACAGGUUUGUCAAAGACCGACGCCCAUCCAUAUCGCCCAACUUCAACUUCCUGGGCCAGCUCCUGGAGUACGAGAGGAGCCUGAAGCUCCUCAAGGCCUUGAAGGCCCAAGGUGAUAGGAAUGAGGGGGAUGCCCAGCCAGACCCAGCUGAAGUGCCUGAGAGCAACAGGCACCUGAAGCUUUCUACCUCAGAAAAGGCCGAGGACAUAUCAAAAAGCACAAGCUUGGCGCCCUCCCGCAGUGAGCCAGCAGGAGCUCCCAAAAUUGUCUCACCCACAGCACUACAGCAAGGACUCAAUGGCCUACACCUGUCCUCGGAGCGCAUCCAAGACACCAACCGGCUAAAGCGCUCCUUCUCCCUGGACAUCAAAUCAGCCUACUCCCCCGGCCUGAGGCAGGACAUCCCAGGCCCCGCUGACACCGGGGAAGCCCCCAAGCUUUGCAAGCUGGACAGCCCUUCUGGACCUAACGGCUUGUGCCAGUACUCGCCUGUGCUGGAUAGUCCCGACUGGCCCAGUGGGCCGGACUUCCUGCUAGAAGCCAAGGUGAGGCAGAGGCGGAAACAUAGGCAUCAGGCGGGCUCCCCUGCCCACGGGAUGAGCCUCAAUUUCAGUGGGGUGUGUGCCAUGCACAAAAGCACCAGUGUGGAGGACAAUCUCAAGCAGACACUGCGGCUGAGUCUCCCUGGCGUGGGACAGCAGCCCACACAGCCAGCUGCGACACCAAACUCUGCCGGUGGAGGGGGGGUAGGUGCCUGGGGUGUGCAUUUGGAAUCACCCAGCACCCCGUCGUCGGAGAACCCCUGGUACUUUAGCACAGACUCGGCGGUGGGCAGUGGCAGCGGCGGAGGGAGCGGGGCCUUGUUUGCCAGCGCUGCCUCGUACUCCUCGUUCAGCUGCAGCACCCUGCAGGGCAGCUGCGAGAUCAGGUUGAGGGACAAGCAGAGGGUGGAGCAGAGGGACGGGCGGCACAGCUGGCACGAGGAUGCUGCCGCGGAGAAGCAGUUCAAGAGGAGGAGCUGCCAGAUGGAGUUCGAGGAGACCAUGUCAGAGGGCAGGUCCCGGGAAGACCUGGGCAAAAUAGGCAAACAGUCUAGCUUUUCGGGCAGCAUGGAGAUCAUUGAGGUGUCCUGACAUUCAUCCUGGGGCAUUGGAGAGUGAGGGGUGGCUAUUUAACUGGGAAGAGGCAAGGUGGGGGUGGGGUGGGGACAGUAUUUAUACCCGUGUGUGUAUUUGCAGGUGCACACAUGCCAAAAUGAAACAAAGGUGAAUGAAUUCAAAGUCAGGAAACAUGACUGUGCAUGCUUAGUGCCCCUCCCCCUUGGUCUCUUUUUUUCCCCUCUCCCCCUCCCCACCCUGGCUGCAUUCCCUUUGGGGAGGGAGGAGCCUAUUAACCCUUUCACCCCUGGAUUCUCUGCCCCCCGGGCAGAAAGUGACUCGCUGGGGUGAUGGAAGAGCUGAUCUUUGACUGAAGUGGGGGAGACGCCCAUCACAUCUGAGCACCCCAGCUGGGUCAUUCUCAGAUUAAAAUUCUGAGGGGCAUUUAAUAUUUUCUCUGCAAAUGUGCAGUCAAAAAGUAGGGGUGUCUUCAUUUAGAAGAAAGCGUUAUCCUGACCAAUGGGAAAUGGCAGAGGCUUUGCUCACCCCAGUUCUCCGUCCCUUGUAUCAGGGUGGGGGACGGAAUGUAGAUGGCUCCCUCCCAAGGGUGGGGUGGGGAUAUUUGCAUUGGCUCCUCCCCCUAAGCCUUUUUCUCCUCCUGGUGCACUAAGUAUGCUCUGUCUGUGUUUUUUCUGGCUAAGUAUCUUAAUAAUGCUGCACUACCGCAGCCCUAUACAUAUAUAAAUAUAUAUUAUAUAUAAUAUAAAAAAAAACCACACAAAGAAAAAGGUAAAUGGUUUUACUGCAAUUUUUAUUGAGCCGUAAAUAAUAUUUCAAUGGUUUUGUUUUUAAUUUAUUGAAGCUGUUCAUUCUGGCAAUGAUUUGCAGACAUUGUGGGGCGGUACUUUCAGCUCUAUUUUUACUGUCUAUGGUAUUUAAAUCUGAAACACGAGUUUCUAAGCAAUAUCCGCGGCCUGUGACUCCUUCUGUAGCGCACGUCAGCGACACGGACUCCCCAUUCCCUGCGCGCAAAGCAAAAACGGGGCAGGAAAAAUCUUUCAUGCACUUUUUUAAAAAUAGGAAAAAAAAAAAAAAAAAUCUUCUUUCAACACAAACUGAGCAGGAAAUGCUCUCCUGAAAGCUGCUGCUUUACCUUUUGGUUCCUAUUUGAUUCUCUCUUGUCUCCAUCAAAGCCAUAGAAUCUUUCCCUCUCCCAGUUGUGGGACAGAAGGGCUGGCAUUGGUCUAUGGAAAAAACAGAGGAUUGGAUCAGGGAUGCCUGGGAUGUGGGGAAUGAGGGAGCAGAGGAGGCUUUUCAUUAAAGGGGCAGCAACCCAUACUGGGUUGUAUUAGAGAAUUUGGGGGUUACUGGGUCCUUUGGGAGAAAAACUUACUCCCUAGAUAAUGCUCGAGGGGUUCUGUGGGGGCUGAACUCCUAUGAGCAACUGCCUUGCCCACUUGCUCAGGGUGCUUCUGGGGAGAAGGUGGGGGCGAUAGUGUCCAGGAGAAAAAGGGAACACUUCUCACCCUUGUGCCAUGGGUGAGAUUGUGAUGAAAAGCCCUUGAGGCCCUGCUUUUCCCCUCCCAGUGUUACUCCACAUGGCUGUCCAGAGGGGCUGAACCCUGGAGGAAAAUACAGGCCUCAUCCUUAGGAACAAAUGGAGUUAUUUAUUGUAGUACCAGAAUGAAGCCCAGGGGGUCCUGAGAACAGCGACAGGUUUCCCACUGCAAGAUAGUUAGUUACCUCUGAGUGCUUAGCAUAAAAUAUUGCUCAGUACUCCAGCACCAGUUCUCUAUCCGUGUGUGUGUGUGUGUGUGUGUGUGUGUGUGUAAGAGAGCAUGAUCAUGGGGCAUAUCCAGCACUGGGGCUCCAGUGGGCAUGCAAGUGACAUGGGGCAGAGGGAAAACAGUCCAAAGACACAGGCGAAGCCAAUGAAAGACCAAACUGAAUGGGCACUUCAGGAAGGAAAAGAGAGAGAGGAAACGCCAGGAAAUGCAUUGAAAGGCUAAGAACCAAACCCAAUAUUUGGGAUGUUAGUGUGAGGACAAGCCCCUCCCUCCUUACCCCACCCCUAUCUCCAAACCCACCCACCCACCUGCAGCAGCAUCUUCCCAGGCUCAGGUGUGUUGCUAAGAAAAUUGGUUUCACUGUUUUUCUUUUCCUGGGAUUUUGCUUUGGAGAGUUUCUGUUAAUUGACCUUUUCAGAGUAACUGAAGCGAAUGAUGGUUCGUUCUUACCCAGCAGAAGGCAGGGUGCCAGCCUCCAAGGGAAUCCCUGCCAAAAACCCGUCUCCCUCUGGGAGUUCGGGUGGGUAAAGGGUGAGGAUUUCCUAGGGAAGGCCUCCUGCGUGGGAUUCUUACCUUGAUUUAUUUUUUUAGAGGUGGCGUCGGGCCCAGGUGGGACCUUUACAAUAACACAGGUGUUGAGGAAGGGCCAGGUCCUGCUGUUACUGAAGCCAAGGGUGCAAGAGGGAGCCCCCAAGGAGGCCAAUGAGCACACAGUGCAGAAAGCUUCCAUAAGUUAGCAAGCGCGGUCAAGAGAAAAAUGACAAAGGGGCGCGAGUAGCUUCUGUUCUGAUUCUCAGACACGUUUGGCUGCUUCUCCCCUUUAUGAAAGUCCCUGUUUUAAAGGGGAGCAAAGCCCUCACCCCAAAAACUGUGUUUCUCCCACGCAGCGGGAUGCUUAGACCUUGCUGCUGAGCCGCUGCUUGGUGUUAUGGGCACAGAUCUAUCUCUGCUGCAAAGCACAUUUUGCUCUCUGUAGCUUUCCUCUUUUUAAUAUCGUGCUGGUUUCCAAGCCAAUACCUCAGGGGUUUUUGUUCACAUGUGUGUUGUGUGUGAUUUUUAGAUCCCCCCCAGCUUUUUUUUUUCCCACCUUCCCUUCUUUUUCUUUUGUGUUGGUUUAUUUUCAAAUCAAACUACACAAGACAAAAAUAAUGAUCUCAGGUUUAAAACUUAACCACAGACCGAAGCCGUGAGGAGUUGCAAUAAUAAUUAUAAUGUUCUGGUGGCAUCAGAUUGUCACUUUCCUUAUGAUCAUUGUCUGUCUCUGCUGAUGUGCGCGUGUCCUCGGCGGAUGGGAGAGGGGAAUCUCCAAGGAGGCUUAUGACUGCCAUUAGGCUUCUUGAUUUUUUUUUAAAAGGGGUUAAGUGAGAAGCAUGGAAACCUCAAAUAAUCCCUUCUGGUACCCCAAAAUGUGCUGGAGUUGGUAGUGGGGGAGGGGAAAGUUGGAUGAUUAAAUGCAUUUGAUUUUCCAUGUUGAAGUAUUAAUAAAAUACAAGUUUUGAUGAUGGUUGGAUCCCUCUGCCUAACCCAUCCCUCUUUUUCCUACAGCUGUUUUGAAAGGGGGGUAGAUACUCAUUUCAACUCUCUUAAAAAACACAGUAUCCAUAUUUCCAGUGAGCACCUCAAAUCAGCAUCAGUGUUGCCGACUACUAUGUUUUAGGAGGUAGAAGGAACCCUUUCCAUUUCUUUCUUGCAUCCCCAUCCAGCGUAGAGAUAUGGUGUGUGGAGACAGUGGGGAGGCAGUGAUUCUAAGGGAACUGGUUUAUUACAUAGCAUCCCGGCUAGAUCGGGAGGUUUAUAACAAAGAAAAGCUUUCAAAGGGCUUCUUGAGCUUUUAACCACUGAGACCCCACUAACCACUGUCUGCAAUAUGACCUGUCUCAUGUUUUAACCCUUUUUGGGCUGCCAAUCUUCUUCUUUCUCACUCUGUCUGUGCUCCAUUUUCAGUGAAAUUUGAAAAAUUCCAGCCAGCCCUAGAGCUGGUCACAAAAAAGAGAACAAAUGUUUGUCUACAUUUCCCCCCCCCCCCUUUUUAAAUUUCAACAUAUAAAUUCAGAGAUUCUCAGCCAAGCCAGGUCAAUUGGCUGGUCAGCCCCAGACAGCAAGAGGUUACACUGAAAUAUGCCAGCAGGACAGUGUUUCUAUGUUCACAUCUUACCUAUGUUCCAUAAGCCUAGUACAGGAUCAUGCACCCCAAAUGGCGAAUCCCCAUUUAUAUCCUUGUUGCAUUCCACCUGACCUGAAAGCAUAUACAGAAGUGUCUCCAUAGAGAACACACAGCUUCUUAGACCAUUUCAACAGUAUCGAUCAGCAUUCCUAAAGGAUACUUGCCUUAUGACACAGGGAAGAGCCAUCCAGCUGCUUUGCGGCAGUAAAUGACUCGCUCUUGUUCUGCAAGUCACACGGACAUCUGUUCAUGUAGGGUCUGCCCUUGAUCUUCUGAGGGUUGGUGCACUAGAACUGGAGUUAGUACAGAGACCUCUUCAGCUGUGAAGUUCAUGAUAGUUUCCCCUCCAUGACAUGUGACCCAGCUACACUGCAGUGCAGAGGGAGGAGCUAAUGAGGGUGCCUUCAGGUAACCCCUCACUCCCAUUCACAUAUUAUUGGUUGAAGCUUGGGAGAAGUAUGAGCUACAGCAGUUGCAACAGCACCCCAAAGACACGGUCCCUUGCCUGGAUCUCUGCUAGCCUCUGUAUUGUAAGGGGUAUUUCCCUUCCACCACAGCUGGCAUUCCAUGACUGCCAGCAUCAGCUCAGCCCGGAGUUGCUGUCUCCCAUGUUUUAACCCUACAGCGUUAGAGAGAAUUAAGAGUUUCCUUUGCCUGUUGCGGUGGGUCUUGCCACCACUGCUAGCAUUAGUCCAGCCCCACCCAUGGUAGCUAUAGUGGAGUUCUAGAGUAGAUAAGGCACUGGCAUUUUUACCACUAUGAUCUCAAGACUUGGGUGGACUUGGAUGACACAGUGGUACACAGGAUCCAACUCUACAUUAUUACCCCCCAGCACUAAUACCAUUAUUAGAGCUGCAAUGGUAGGAAAUUUGGGGGUUAAAAAUAUAGUGUAGAUGCAACCUAAUGACAGACAUGACAUGAGAUGUGAUGGGGCUCAACCCCUUAGUCCUGCAUGAAGUCACUGCAGAGUGUGCUCUAGGACACAUCCGGGCCAUCCUCAGCCUGAUAUUGCAAUCUCAACCUUUAUAAAUACGAACAACAAGCAGACAGGGUCAGUGAAGAAGAACGACAUGAGCAGCUGCCUGCUCAGAAAUAGCAGCAGGGCUCUGAACAUCUGCCAUCUUGUGGCAUUUUAGAGAAACAGCUAUUGUGGUGCAGGCAAAAAUGGGGGUCUCUUGUUUUUUUGUCCAGUCUCCCUCAAAGAACCGUAGCCUGUCAGCAAAGCCCUUCAGCAGCUCUGUGUCUGCACACACUGAGGUGACACCUACUCUGCUGUCCAUUCUGCAACCAAGCCAAAGGUUUUAAGAGCCAUGGGGCGUUUAUAACCCAUCUCAUCAGUGUUGUGAAUAUGCUUGCAUUUGCCCUGCCCUUUCUGAUGGUCCUUGUGGGAAGAGUUGCUCUCACUUGGAGCAUUUUAAAGCUAAAACUCUAGAAAAAUGUCCUCUAGGGAAGAUUCCUGCACUAGCCUCAAGCGGUAGGACUGAUCCAAAGCCAUUGGACUCAAUAGAAGUCUUGCCAUUGUUUUCAUUGGGCUUUGGAUUAAGCCCUACAUGGCUUAAUAGAUCUUUUCUGUCUCUUGUAUCAAGGUUAGUUACCUUGGAGGAUUUUAUCUGUUGCAAUUGGUCCCCAUCCCUUACUGUGUUUCUUUAAUGAACUGUCAGCUAGAAUCUCUGAUCCACAGAGUCAUUGGGCCUGAUUUUGAUCUCACUUGGGCCUGGUUCACAGUGAUGUAUCACUCUUGCCUUUAGUGGAGUUACUUCUGAUUUACAGCAGGGUAAGUGAGAUCAGACUCUGUCCCAUUGAUUUAAAUUGAAGCAGGAUUGUCCCUAAGGAGAGUAAAUGAGCCCCCCUAUUGGACAAUCGGAUGAAUUUAUAAAGCAUCUGAUUGGUGCCCUGCUGAUUAGAACAUCCAAUCAUUUCCUGCAAUAGCUGCAUUGCUUGGAGUGCAGGUGCGAAUUGGUAGAUUUUCAGCCUUCUUAAGGGCAGCCAGUAAAGCUACCCAGAUGGCCCUUCUCUAGAAUGCCCCUUAUCUUCUAGCUUCUAAAGGAGUGCAAGGCUGAGUCACACUCAGUCAGGCAUAACUGGCUAACUCCCUGACACCCUGCAGCAUCCCCAUUUCUUUUGUAGCUUCAGAGGACUGGCAAGGGGAGGGAUCCUGGGAGGAAAGGAGUCGGCAACACUGAAGCCCAAAGGUAUUUUCCUAGCUUGUGCUGUGUUCCCAAUCUCUCGUCUCUGUGUUUGUUUCUUUUUCUGGCCAUGCAUCCCUGUCAUGUCUCUGUUAUAGAAAGCCUACACCCAAAAGAAACCCCUUCUGCCUUCCCUCUUAAACUACCAAUAAUAAGCUAUCAGUGUUGUAAUUGCAAUCUAUGAAUUAUAGAUUUAAGUAUUUAUUAAUUAUUAUUAUUAUUAUUACUAUUAUGUAAUUUUUUCUUCUUAAUCUUUGUAUGUUGCUCUUUGGUUCUCUGUUGUGAAUAAGUGCAGACCCCCAGCCACCUCUCCAUUCCCCACCUGCCUCAACCCUGUACCUGCCCCACCAGUCUGGGGCUGGCUGCACUAUACUGUGCCAGGCCUAGCUCAUUAGCUGUCCUGGAGAAGGCACACACAUGGGUAGGCCCGUGUGAGUGGAUUUGAAAGGGUGAAACCUCCAGAGAUUCUGAAACCAACAAAGCCCAGGGCAAUGCCUUUCUUUCCCCCACACUCACACCCACACGCCUUGGAGUCUACUCAAGUUUGUAGGGAGCAGGAAUGGAGAAUUCAAAGGCACAAGCUUAAAACUAAAGGAAAAUUGACCAGGUUUCCAGGAAACAGUCAAUGCACACAUGCUCUCAGGGUUCCCCAAUCUGGUGGCUGAAUCCAGGAAGUUCAUCUUUACCAGGAAUGGUUUAAUGGCCUGGCAUCACCAGCUAUUUUGGCAGCAUUCUCCUCGCUGCCCAAAGCCACCGCACCUUACUUUGGGGAGCAAUCCUGGGCUUUCUUGGGUUCAGUUUCCCAGCCCACCUGAUGAUCGUUCUUUGUCCAAGGAGCCACACCUUCUGGGGAAUGAGGAUGUUCAUUUUUAGAGCAGCAGAGCUCCAGGCUGCCCAGAAGGGGCUUAGUGGAAGACCAGCCCAUGGGGAAAGAGAGAUCUGAUCAGACUGGCCUCUAAUAAUGAUAGGGAUGCAAGAAGAGAGGGGGAACAGCCCCAUAAGUGCAUUCAUUGCUGGCAGAAAUAACUAUGGUUUUCCAGCAUUAAGAAUUCAUAGGAAGCAGAGUUAAGAUUUCUGAGUAACUGUGGUGGCCAGAACCUGGCACUUGCUUCUUGUACCCAUAGACUGGACUCGUCCUGAAGCCUACAAGUACCCAGUCAACUGGGUGGGGAGGAGGGCUGGGAGAAAGUAUCAGUGCAAUAGGAAGGGAAUCCUCUCUGUGCCACAGUAUCAAAUAUUAUCUCUUUGACUAGCCAGCCCAGUUAGAAGUCAUUUUUAAAUCAAGGGGAUUAAUGUUGCCCUUCUAAGAGCAGCCAUGCAAUGGCCUAUCAUCUCUAACAUGAGUGUGGUUUAUUAUAGAUAGGAGUCGUCUUUUCCUUGUGCUGUGUUGAAUUUAUUUUGUCAUUCAAAAUCCAUUCUAGAGAAGCAGAGAAAUCCAGUUCAGGCUUUAUCCUCUUCUCAGGAGCCAUAUGUAGAAUCCAUUCCAGCUCUUCUAGAAAUCCAGUUUGGGCUCCAUUCUUCCUCUCUCAAGUACAUUUCCAGGCAGAGAUGGCUAGGGGAUUAAAUGGGGCAGGGCAGAUGGAGGAUCACCUGUUUUGCAGACAAUGCUGUGGAUUUGGGGCCUGAGGGGCUGAGCACUCCUAGCCCCCAUGAAUGUUGCUCAGGAGGUGUGCAAUACCAGACAGGAGAGCCCCAGACCUUUCAUUAGCAAACGCACAGCGUCCCUCAGCAGAGAGAUUGGGUCCAGAACGGACAGGGGCACUUGGAAUGCAUUCUAAGCGCUAGCUGGGGAGACAGUAUCUUGCAACCAGCCCGCUGUGUUCCAUUCCCUUCUCAGUUAGUCACUGAAACCAAACGCAUCUCCUGCCUGUUACACCAAUGCUGAAGUCGGAUGGCGCCUGGCAGGACCGAGAGACAAGCUCUGCCCUGUCCUGUCUUUAUUUAUUUAUUACCGGAGGCUGUAAACAGCAGUGCUUUUUUUACCCUCUUUCUUUUCCUUUCUUUUGUACUUUGGAACAACGUGUUGUAAUAAAUGCCCACAUAGAUGUUUUAA